AUGGGAAAUUGCCAAGCCAUUGAUAAUGCUUCUUUAGUAAUUCAACACCCAAAUGGAAGAGUAGACAAACUCUAUUGCCAAAUUUCUGCUAAAGAAAUCAUGAAAAUGAACCCUGGUCAUUAUGUUGCUAUUCUCCUCACCACCACUUUAUACUCUUCCCCCGCCGCCACCGCUACCACCACCACCACCAAGAACAGAAGUUCAGUAGACAAUAAGAACAUCCCGGUUCGGAUUACUCGUAUAAAACUUCUGAGGUCAACAGACAACCUUGUUCUUGGACAUGUUUAUAGACUGGUCACUACCCAAGAGGCGAUGAAAGGAUUGUGGGCUAAAAAGCAUGCAAAAAUGAAGAAGCAACGGCCAGAAUUAGAAGAGAGAGAGAGUUCAGAUUUUGGGACAGCAAUUAAGAUAACUGAUAUGGAGAAAAUCAAGCAGGUGAAACAUGAGAGGCAUAGGUCAAGAAAUAACACAGUAACAAAUUCUGGUGCUGCUGCAAAAUCCAGAAUUUGGCAACCUGCGUUACAGAGCAUUUCUGAGGCUGGAAGCUGA